GUGAUGAGCAUCAGCAAGCUACAAGACUGUCACAAUGAGUUUUGUCGAAUAUGGAGAUACGAUAAAGGAUGGUGACACAGCUAUUGUGUUCUUGGGCCAUGACUCCAUGUUUCCUGUGAAAGUCCAACACGGCAAUGUAACUCAGACUAAGUAUGGGGUCAUCAGGCAUUCCACAGACCUCAUAGGCAAGAAGUAUGGCUCCAAAGUGACCUGCAGUAAAGGAGGAUGGGUGUUUAUUCUUCAUCCAACUCCAGAACUGUGGACCAUGAAUCUUCCACACAGGACACAGAUUCUGUAUUCCACUGACAUCUCUAUAAUCACCAUGAUGUUAGAACUGAAGCCAGGCUCCAUAGUAUGUGAAUCAGGUACGGGCAGCGGAUCCCUCUCACAUGCUCUCAUCAGGACAGUGGCCCCCACGGGGCACCUGUACACAGUGGAGUUCCACCAACAGAGGGCCGAGAAGGCCAGAGAGGAGUUUCGAGAGCAUGGGGUGGAACAUCUUGUCACCGUCACCAACCAAGAUGUCUGCAAAAAUGGGUUUGGUGUCUCAAACAUUGCAGAUGCAGUGUUCCUAGAUAUUCCGUCUCCGUGGGAAGCCAUAGGACAUGCAACGUCAGCGUUAAAAGCUGAAGGUGGCCGCAUCUGCUCUUUCUCCCCCUGCAUCGAACAAGUCCAAAGAACCUGCCUAGUGAUGGAAGAACAUGGUUUUACAGAGCUUAACACCUUGGAAAUUCUGCUCCGAGUGUACAAUGUGAGGACAAUUAGCUUGCAAAUCCCUGACCUUGGAAAAACAGCUGAGGAUAAUUCUAGCACUGGCUUUGACAGCAGCAACCCAUCAAACCAAGGUAGCCCAUGUGCUAAUCUGCAGCAAGGAGCUGUGCAGUUCAAAAGUGGUGUGCCACUCAGGGAGAUGGUUGGUCACACUGGGUACCUGACCUUUGCCACCAAGAGCCUGUUCUAGUACAUGCUGAGUCUGUGCAGUUUGGAGUGGUUUGUGUGUUUGUGUGUGUAUUCUGUUUUCAUGGUUCUUUUUUGUCGAGCGUCCAAAUUUUUACUUGUCAGGGAAUUCCAUAUAUAGUCAGAUUUGGUUGGAAUAUGCUUUGUUUAAAUAGCACACAAGCAUUAAGCAGAGCAGCAUCAAGGGAAUGUUGGAACUCUGGAAUGGUGCUCCACUUGCCGUCAGAAAGAAGAUUAAUUAAUAGUGAACGGCCUUUCACUGGAAUGUGCAGAAUAAAGAUCCCUCCCGAUAAGAGAGCAAAACAAACAGCACACGAAUUACAAUUAAGUUGGAUUUUUAUCCUCCUUUUUUCUGAAU